UUCGUAGAUACUUUUUGAGUUUUUGAAGUUUCGGUGUAGAAUAAGUUCUUAACGUUUUCAACAUGAGGUUCCUUGUGGUUGUUGCCCUUGUCAGCGCACUCGCUCUUACCCAACUAUCUGAAGCUAGAAAACAACAGCGUCAGCAGCCAAAAUAUCGUAAAGAGUAUGAUGAUGACGAUUAUGCUGAUGAGGAUGGCGGUGAUUCCUAUGAUGAUGAUGAAGGAGGAGAUGAUGAUGGUGGUGCUGGUGGUUUUCUUGGAGGCAGUAACCAGCUAUUCAAAAUGCCAAUGGAUGCAGGGAAGCAACUGUCAGAAAAGGGCAAGAAAUUUGCCAAAAAGGGUAUGGAUGCAGGCAAACAAAUUGGUGGAAUGGGAAAGAAUGUAGGAAAGCAAUUUUCUGGAAUGGCGCAGAAUGCAGCAAAACAAGGAAUGGAUCAAGGAAAACAGUUUUCUGGAAUGGCAUCCGAUGCAGCCAAAUCAGGACAAUCUGCCCUCAGUGAAGGAGCUAAAUCUGCUCAAUCUGCCGCCUCUGAAGGAAUUCAAAAGGGACAGUCCGCCCUGAAAGACGGAGCAAAAAUGGGCAUGGACCAGGCUCAAUCAGCAAUGAAACAAGGUCAAGAUCUCGGUGCCGGCGCAAUGGAAAAUGCUCAAAAGGUACCAUCAAUGGCAGCAGAACAAGGGCAAAAAAUGGCCUCUCAAGCUAUGAAACAAGGCCAAGAUAUGGGUGCCGGUGCAAUGGAAAAUGCUCAGAAAGGCCCUGGAAUGGUGAUGGAUCAAGCACAAAAAGGUCCUGGAAUGCUUAUGGAUCAAGCUCAACAAGGUUCUGAAAAGCCCAAGAGUGCAAGACGCCGAGGAAGAAAACCGGCUCAGGAUCAAGAUGAAGAAGCUGCGCCCGAAAGAAGACAACGCAGGAAACAUAACAGGAGAAGACAGCAACAAGAAGAAGAAGAAGAAUAGAGUGAAAAAAGAAAGACAUCAAUUUCCUCAGGAAUACUUGCUUUAUAAAUUUCUCAAGUUUUUUUGAGACUGGGUUAAAGUUAUCUAUGAUAUGGAAAUGAAUGUUCAAUAAAAUAUGUAUUACUAAAAAGA